AUGGAUGGCUCUUCACCCCCGGGUAAUUCACUUUUAUUUGAGAUUAUUAGUUCGGGUGUACUUCGAGAGUAUUCUUUGUUAAUGUCUAGCUGUAAUAGUGGUUCUGAGAUUCUUAGAGUUGUUUGUCGGCUGAGUGAUAUACCCCUUGGUUCUUUCUCUUCAGAGUUUGAAUAUAUAUCAGCAACUGUCGUUUCACUGCCCCAUAUAAAUUCCCAGAAGGAAGAAAAAAGAAAUUUGGAAUAUUGCACUGUGUACCCUGUGUCUGAGGACGUCAACACGCCUGGAGUAAGGUUCUCUAAGACGGGAGAAGUGGUGGUGGGUUUGCUCCCUCCGGUCCCUGGAGAAGUCCUUGCAGGUCUCACGUUUACUGUCACGACGUCCUUUACAAACACAGUCCUGAAAGUGCUCAAGGAUAACCCUAAGACCCUCGAGUGCUGGCGGGGCUCCUACCUACGGAGGACGUUUAAGAAUCUCCCGAGUUUUGCCACGGAUAAGUCGUACGAGUGGCGCCACAUCCUGGUGUCCCUGAGAGACGGCAAAGUCCUGCUUAACGACAGCCUCGAUGUGUGUCCGGGGGAGAAAGUAGAGGGAAGCAACCCAACCCUUGUCGUUUCGACGCUCAAGCGAGCCAACGUCGCCUUCAACUGCCAAGAAGGAUGUCCCAUUUUCCGCGACUCCGCCCUUGCCGCAUACGCCCACAACGGGCGGGUGCCAGGUCAAGAGCUGUUCGUCAGAGGCAAGUCGGAGCAGGACAAGGAUCAGCUGCAGGUCAUCCAGUGCAACGGAGCUACCAACAACGUGCCAGUGAGCGGUGAUCGCUGGCAGUCUGUUCAACUGGAGAGUCUAGAGGACGGCAGAAGCAUGCGCCUCCGGGUGGGGGAGGACUUCUCCAAGGUGCUCCCUCAGGACGGCGAAAAGUGCCCCGUGUUCGACUUCAGGGCAUCCGAGGACCUUCUGUGGGCCGUCGGCUGCGACCUCAGAGAGCCCCCCACCGCCGCCCCGCCCACGCCCUCGGCCUUCCUUAAAUCCCCGAGCAACGACCAGAAGCUGGGCUCGAGCUCCGUUCGUCGACGAGCGCUGCCGCCGUGUACCGCCGCCCCGCCCACGCCACUGGCGGCUCGUAGCUGGAUGGCCACGGGUGCAUGGUGGUCUCAGCGGGGUCUGGCGCACAUUCUACAUGCUCAAGGGGAGAAAGACCGACUUCGGAAAGAUUCAGAUGGAUGGUCCAUCAGCAGGGGAGAAAUCCCGCUGAACGUUCCUCUUUCUCUCAAGUUCGCAAGGGACACGCCUACUCCCCCGGGCUGCGUCCAGACGCCGAGGCACACGCCUAAGAAGCAGCAACAGAACGGAGCGCCGAACAUGCAGGAUGACUUCAUCGUGGUGCACCCGCGGUCGGCGAAGGCGGCCGACGAGCCGGCGGCGGUCGAGCAGCCUCCCGCCGUGAACAACAAGGCGUUUUUUUAGAGGAGGGCUCCAAGAGGCGCAAACGGACCUGAGCGUCGGGACCGGGUCCAGCGCAGCUUCAGGGGCGGCCGAGAAGGCCUCGCUAGCUGACUCAGAGCCUGGCGAAUCCGCAACAAGGCUGCUCUAUCAUAUGGCAAACAGGACACUGGAAAUGAAACUUGGGACAGUGUGCAUUUUUGCGCGAAAAUCGUGUUUUCGAUUUCUUAAAAGCUUCUCAGAUGUGCAGCACGCAAAGACGAAAAUUACAUCGAUAGCUAAUACAUCAAUCCCAUCGACGACCAUUGACUGACACGGGAUAAACGUCUGGUUUAUACUUAGGCAAUAAUACCUGCAUUGAUUCGAUUUAUUUUUCGAAAGCCUCCAGAUCCGUUUCUUCCAUUGCCAGUGGCAUUUGUUCCUCUCUUCUUUUCAUAUAUUACUAUUGAUUAAAUAACAUGUAACCUAAAGGAAUGCAGAAGCCAGAGUACCGCAACGAGUCAUAAAAAAAUAUGCUAUAGUGAGCGCCAUACUCCAGAACCACAGAGCGUCGUAGUCUGGACAAACGAGAAAAGUGUCCUUGAUAACUACCUGGCAGCAUUCCUGAGCGAGUGGAGGUGCCUGGAAAGAAGGGGGCAAAAGGAAAGGGGAGGGCAUGGGGUCGCGCACACCUGGCCUAGAUUCGGCGGGAAUGACCUCGAUUCUCGGUGCAAUCACCUUAAACAAGUAAGGCAUCGAUUGUUCCCGUUCAUUUUUAUAUCAAAGAAAUCUAUUUAUUUCAUUUCUGCAUUCUUGAAUUCGCGGUACAUUAGUGUGCGAACAUUUAUUUUAGUCUCAAUACGAACCGCGUGAUUGUUGGUCUCGUUUUGUAUGUUAAAGUAUUUACGGCUCUCGCGUGGGCUGAAUAUAUUCACCAUUGCGUGUCUGUUUACCCGUUAUAUCCAUUGCCCCUCCAGUACUAUAUAGUGGACUUGUAUCCAGCGGCCUUGAACCCCGGUCGUCUCAAAAUACAUUCUGUAAGAAAAAACUUGUUACAUGUAAAAUUCUUAAAGACUGCCUUGCAGCAUGAUGUACCAACCUCUUUCAGACACCUCUGGAUACUGCCUUACAGUAUUCGGUUAUAUUCACCUGAAGCAUCCUAUAAAAGUAUGUAUGCAUCCUUGGCCAAUGCGCUAACCCUGCUCACCGACCGUCAUUUACCACUGUGGGUGGAAUUCAUGUGAUGAUCUUACCGAACCCCGUCCUAUCCCGCAGUAUAGAUAUUACUUUAAUAAUUAAGGAGUUACAGUAGUCUUAAACACAAAGAGUUUUCUCUCUUUGAUCGCAGCUGAAUUUAAUACGUGUUGUGAUUUUUCCUAAUUUUUUGAAAAUAUGAUCUAAAAUACGGCAAAACAUCUAGAUGUAAGUUCCUAUGGAAUAUGGUGUUGAAUAACAAAUAAAGCUUUGGUUGUA